UUGGACUCAGUAAAAUUUUCCUCAAACGGACUCACUCUGACUCAAACAUACCAAAAUAUUACUCACCCGGACUCGCUCAGACUCACAGCUUGAUCCGAGUCUGAGUGAGUCUGUGUUAAUCGACUCACGAGUGAGUUUGCCGACCUAUGGCUUGCGCAGAUACACAUGCCCACAAAGCGUGUGCCAUCAAGCAUGUGUUUGGAGCAUGCAGGUUGGAGAUUGCAUGGUAGAAAUACGUGUACUAUUGCAAAUAUAUGUGUGUUCAGAAUUUGUUAUGUAGUUUAGCCUUACCAUAUACUCAACAUAAAGAACCUACAGGGUUCUGAAGCUUAUGUUCUUUUACCUGCAGGUGCAAACACUUGACCAGUGGACACAGUGGGAGGCCACUCCCUAUGAUGACCACACAUAUGUCCGGUAUCUGCCCAUUGGAUUCAAGGGAAAAUCAUUUGCUGAGUCUGUAACUGGAGACGACAUUUUAUUUUAUACUGGUGUAUCCCAGAUAGUGUUUGAGAGGCUUGUGAAAGCUGUGUCUGCUCUGGCAAAGAAGCCAAGCACCCUAACGCGUGCUGACCAGUUGCUAAUGUGUCUAAUGAGGCUUCGCCUUGGGCUGCUGCAUGGACACCUUGCACGAAUUUUUAAGGUAUCCGUGUCGAGUGUCAGCAACAACGUUGCAUACAUGCUGAGUUUGCUCAGCAAAAUCAUGAAGAAUGUUGUUAUAUGGCUGCCCAAAUCGUGCAUACAGAACAGCAUGCCGCAGUCAUUCGUGGAAAACAAGCAUGAUGACACAACAUGCAUCCUUGAUUGUACAGAAGUGUUUCUGCAGCGUCCAAAAAAGCUGAUGGCAAGAGCACAAACGUACAGCAGCUACAAAGCCCAUAACACCGUAAAAUUUCUUGUCGCAAUUGCCCCGAAUGGGUUCAUCAUGUUCGUGUCCAAAGCUUAUGGAGGGCGUGCCUCAGACAAAUUUAUCACAAAUGAUAGCGGCAUCAAUGACUACCUCGGACAUGGUGAUGUUGUGAUGGCGGACCGAGGCUUCGCACUCACAGAUGAAAUGCAAAUUCAAGGUGUACGAUUGAACACACCAGCAUUCACUAAAGGAAAAACGCAGCUAACCAACAAGGAAGUAACAAGUACAAGACGGAUUGCAUCUGUACGCAUACAUGUUGAGCGCGCAAUUAACCGCUUAAAGACAUAUAGAAUAUUCAAGCAAUCGCUGCCCAUACGAUCGAAGAAAACCAUCAGUACGAUGGUAUUCGUAUGUGCAGGACUUUGCAACUUUAAGUCGGACCUCAUCAAAAAGCCAAGCGUCUAAUAAAAUAGAUUUCCACCAUUCUAUGCCUCAACGUACUAAUUAUGUAAACUUUAGUGUGGUAAAAAUGGCGAAUGAUAUAAAUGAACCCUAA